AAUUACUUUAGGUAUUGCGAAGAUAGAAUUAGAAAAUAAUACAAAAUAUAGAAAAUUAAUCAUUGAUAACGAUAUAAAAUAUUUGUUAGAAAUAUAUUACAACAUCUCGAAAAUGAGAAGUAGUGGUUUAGUUUUAUUCGCUUGUGCAGGACUACUGUUGAGUGGAGGCGCUAUAUUGGGCGGGUCUACAGCAUUCACCCUACUGCGUAUGUCGUAUUACUUCUGGACGACUGACCUCGGCGUCGAGCUUGGUGCUAUCGUGCUGUUCAUCGCAGGCGCCUUCCUCUGCCUACCCUCCUGCUGGCUUGCUACAUUAGCACCUUACCAUAGUAAAUCCGUAUCAAUUCUAGCUACGCUAAUGCUGUUGGUGACGACCUCCAUACUUCUGCUAUCGACGGGUAUGUCGGCCAUCACGGGACUAUCGAAGGCGGUGCGUGAGCCUGGCGCGCUUAACGCCAGCAUGCUGCGUGCUAUGGCGCACGAAUCUGUGGACCCCGCUGUACGGACCGCCUUCUCCGCUAUGCAGAUCGAGUUGAAAUGUUGCGGCGUGCAAUCAUACGCGGACUGGUACCAGCACCGCAGAGUGUUGCCACCCUCCUGCUGCGGACGAUUACUGAAUGGCAAGAAUGGGGAGCAGUGUACCAAUCCGAUGCACACGGGGGGCUGCCUGCGCCCCGCACUCAACGAGAUCAGGAUGUUCAUCAACUCCGUCUGCGUGCUCGCCUCCGCCAUCAUCAUUGUCAUGGCUUCAACAUUAUUUACGGCGGCGUAUACAUUGGUUUCUAAUGCGUUGGAGCGCAAGGAGUCACGUGCGCUGAAGAUAGCUCAGCCGCUGCGUAUCGCCUGUCUGCACCCCACCAUACCAGCGCCAGAUAUGCAGCAGUCCGUCGCCAACGUACCCAUAACCCCUCAGAUUUAAAUAUUUACACAAGAGUUUUGUUACAUUUCUUCAUUGUAAUGUAGGUACAGUUGUUUUAUUACAAAAUACUUUUCGUUUUAAGAAUUUGAGAUUCAAUUUAAAAGUGCAUAUUUAGAUAAAUUAUGUUGUAUCGCUUUUCUUAUAAUUCUUAAGAUAUUUUUCAUAAAGUAUGCGUUACUUUUGUUAGUCUUUCUUUUAGUUUCUUCUCUAGAUUAUAGUUUAAAUUAAACUGUGUAUGCUUAAGUAUUAGAAUUUCAGGUUAUAUGCACAAAUAUUGGAACUAAACUAGAGAGGAGUUUGAAGGGUUUCGGAAGGAGAUUUCAAAAUUGUAAUUUAUUUAUUAAAAUAAAUA